AUAAUUUUUAGUGAACGUAUCGAAGACAGUGCGCGAAUGUGAUUUUCGUGCGUCGACGGUGUUUCGUUGUGCUUUCUGCAGCUCAAAUACAGUGCCAAAUUCUUGUCGGAGUAGUUGCUGCGCGAGUGCUAGCGAAAAAGCGCAAAGCGUAUACUUAGGUAGGAUAGCUGAGAGAGCAGAGCGCGCGUAUACUGCAGCAGUAGCAGCAGAGCACGUGACUGUUUUGUACAAGGGCUGCACAAUUACUGCAGCGCAGCUCCUCUAGCCCGGCGCCCCAAAACGAAAUAAAACAAAACAAAACAAGCCGAAAGGCAAGCGAACGAGAGAUAGAGAGAUGAGAAUGUUAUAAGCUCGCGAAGGAUGGUAUUACGGUAAUAAAUAAACGAGCUGAUUGCGCUCUGCGGUGCUGCUGUCGAAUGCAGUGGCCGGCUGCAAAUACACACACACGAGUAUAAUACGUAUAGCGCGUCGAGCUCUCUCGUACGAUUAAUCGAGCUGCAGCUCGCGUAUGGCUCACCUACAUUACGUGCAAGGGCGAGCACUGCAAAGACCACUACUUACACACGUGCGCGCACUUUGCAAUAUCUCUCUCUCUUCUUUUGCCGCUCGUGUACAUGCUGUGGAAAGAAGAAAGAGCCGCCCAUGAAAUAAUAAUCAAGAGCCGCGAAUCAGCUCAAUCAACGCUCGAGCGCUGGACUCGCUUCGACUAUAACGUACUAACGUAGUAGCCGUAGCAAAGGAAGUAAUAGAGGCCUGACCUAACCCUUUUUCCUAAAGCUCAUACAUCACUUUCUCUUUCUCUCUCUCUCUCUCUCUUUCUCUCUCUUUCCCUACGUUCCUCGUUAGUUACCUUUCCCCGGACUGCAGCAGUAUUCUCUGCGCUGGACGCGCUUACACAUUUAUAUAUCAUCCGAAGUCGCUGCUGCUACAACUCGUGCGCCCGUGUAUCUCUGCUUUUAUUUUGCUGCUUUUUUCUUUGACUCGUCGCUCGAAUCCUAUACUGCCGUUUCGUGCCAAUAGGCCCGUCGAGCGCCCCCGAGUAAUAAGGAGAAGGAGAUAUAGCAGCGCGCGGCACAUUGGACAUGCAUACACACGAACUGGCGCACAACGGCGGCACAGACGCACAUGGAUGCAGCGAGAGCUGGAGCUGGCAAAGGCUUGUUGAUGAAAGGGCUCGAGCGCAAAAGUAUUAACGAGCGUCGCUGCACGAGUACGAGUAUUCAUCGUCGUCGUCGUCGUCGUCGUGGUAUGCCUAGGCGCCAGGAGCUACUGUACACCGACUCGCUACUCACACAUCGGCACGUGUGCCACUACUGCUGCUGCUUAUGUGCAUGUGCGCGUAGAGCCACUACUACUAGUAUUGAUGCUUGCAUCGCUACUGCAAGCUAGCUGCCUUGUGAUUAGCCGCAUCGUCGCGAUAUUUCGCUUCCGUCCUCCCUCGAGGAGAUAGUGAGUGAGCGAGCUUUUUCUCUCUCUCCCUCAACGUGUUGUACGUGUGUAACAAAGGACUGCGCUUGUAUAGCCGCGAGUGUGUUUUUUCGCUCUGUGUCUGUGUGUCAUCUGUGUCUCCUAUAUAUAUAUAUACGUCGCGCAGUGUGCAGUGUGCGGUAUAUAAAGCUCCGCAAGUAUAUGUAUCGAGCGAUAUAUACACGAUAUCGGUGCUUUGUUUCGAUGCUUGUGCAGCCGCCGUUGUUGUUGGCGCACCGAUACUGAACUGCUGCAGCAAGGGAAUGAAAAAAAUGCACGGCUACCGGACGUUGCCGAGCUUGCUGCCGCUGCUACGUCGGCCGUUCUUGUUGCAGCUGCUGCUGCCGCUGCUGCUGACGACGACUUGGGUCGCUAAUAUCCAGGCACUUCUGCAGCCAUCGGCCGAGAUAUCGGAUCUGGAUAAGCCAAUAUCCUUUAUCAGCGUCUACGGGGUAGCAGAUAACAGGGUAAAAUUGCCUUGUGACUUGGAAUCCGAGAACAACGACGCAGUAAAACUAGUCUUAUGGUACAAAGAACCAGGCAAUGAACCAAUUUAUGGAUUCGAUAUGCGCAAUGGAAAUCACGACGUUCUACGCAGAUCAUCGCCGCAAGCGCUCGGUCACAGAGCUUAUUUCAUUACCGCAGCAAAGCCGGCGCACUUGAGUAUUACUGACCUAAAGCUCAAGGACGAGGGGAUUUACAGAUGCCGAGUGGACUUUGUCAAUUCUCCGACGAAAAAUCAAAAGAUUAAUCUCACCGUAAUAAAGCCUCCGGACAAACCCGUCAUUUUGGACGGCGGGACUAUGAGGCCGGUAUCGGAAUUGGAGAAGCGCUACAACGAAGGCGCGAGUGUCAAGCUGAUAUGUGCGACGAGCGGCGGUAGGCCGGCACCUAGGCUCACUUGGUUCCUCGAAAAUACCGUGAUUGACGAGUCGUACGAGUUCAAGAGUGACACCGGACAGACGCUCAAUCAUUUGUCUUAUCCACGCGUCGGUAGGCAGCAUCUUAAAGCGAGAUUGGUCUGCCAAGCCAGCAACACGAAUCUCGCCCCACCCCAGACGGCUCUGCUCAUCCUCGACGUUAAUCUCAAGCCGCUGGACGUGCACAUCUUAACGAAGGAAAGCAAAAUACAGGCGGAAAAAAAGUACGAAGUCGAAUGCCGCAGUACCGGCUCGAGGCCCGAAGCUGCGAUUACCUGGUGGAUAGCCAACGAGAGAAUCUACAACCAGUCAAAAACCUAUGCGGCCGUGAACAAUCAAAGCCUGAGUGUACUGAGCUUCGUGCCGAGCAUCGAGGACGACGGCAAAUAUCUCACGUGCAGGUCGGAGAAUCCGAAUAUAGCGGACAGUGCUCUGGAGGAUAAAUGGCGUUUGGACGUGCAGUAUCAGCCGCUGGUGAAACUAAGUAUGGGCAGCUCUCUCAAUCCGGACGACAUCAAGGAGGGCGACGACGUCUACUUCGAAUGCGCGGUGCGCGCCAAUCCCAAGGCCUACAAGCUCUCCUGGUUCAAGGAUUCGAAAGAGCUGAGAAACAACCUGACACUGGGCAUCGUAUUGAGCGAUCGCUCGCUGGUACUUCAGCGUGUUACUCGACAUUCGGCCGGCGAUUACACUUGUCUAGCCAUCAACGACGAGGGCAAAACCGUCAGUAAUCCUGUACCUCUUCGGGUCAUGUAUGCACCUGUGUGUAAAGAAGGUAAAUCUGAGGUAGUCGUCGGGGCUUUGAAGCAAGAGACCAUAUCAUUGGUUUGCGCGGUAGAAUCUCACCCAGCGCCGUUAACGUUUCACUGGACCUUCAAUAAUUCUGGCGAAUUAAUAGAAAUGCCCCAGACGCGUUAUUCCCACGCGACUACCUCGUCCACAUCAAUCGGUUCUCAGCUACAGCAGCAGCAGCAGCUCGAUAAUAGCAGCAGCCAACAGCAGCAGCAGCAUCAGCUGAAGGAAUACCAAGAGUUUCACGGGGUGAGGAUGAACUACACGCCCUCGACGGAAAUGGAUUACGGUACCGUCGCCUGCUGGGCUAGUAAUCAAGUCGGCAAACAGCAUUCACCCUGUCUCUUCCAGGUCAUAGCAGCGGGUAAACCGUAUCCACUGCACAAUUGCACAGCUACCGAAAUGUCAGCGGCCAUCGGGCGCGAGGACCUCGAGCAGCAGCAGCAGCAGCAGCAGCAGCAGAAAACGAGCGGAGGCAGUAAUUUGCAAGUGCAGCCGCAGCAGCAGACGAGCACGGGCUUGCUCGUGAGAUGCCUGAAAGGUUACGACGGUGGCUUACCCAUCCAGAGUUACCACGUCGAGGUGAUAAGCGUCGACGAAGACGAAGAUAGUCGAACUGUGCUGAAUAAGACCGUAGUGGCGUCGAGUCCAGUCUCGAGUAACGGCGGUCCGACCAUCGAAGUGGCUGGUCUCGUGCCCGGCAAAAGUUACCGACUAUAUCUCUAUGCGGUCAACGCCAAGGGUCGAAGCGAUCCCGCCAUGCUCGAGCCCGUGACUCUGAGGGGUGUCGCCAUGUACACGACCGGAAAUGCGGAUGUCUCGGUGUUCAGUCCGCUGCUGCUGGGUCUAGCGGCGACGGCGACUCUUUUGGCCUUAGCCGUCGCGGGCAUUUUGGCCGCCCUGUACAGGAAGCACUCGAGCGGCCACUCGGGAAGUCCGAAGCACGCGCCGAUUGUGUGCGAGCCACCCAACGCCGGAUCGACGACGCCGAUUCACUCGCAGACGAAGCAGCCGAUCGACGACAUCGAUCCCGACAUAAUACCCAACGAAUACGAGAGAAGACCUUUAACUUAUAUCCCAGUGUACAAAACGCCACCCCAACGAAGACGGAGGGUCGUCGAAGGUAGCUGCGCGACGACCACCGACGAAUCCAGCAUUUCGCCGGAAAAAAGACCGAUGAUUAUGCAGCAUCAGACGACGAGCGACGCGGCUCUACUGGUCCUGCCGGAGGCCGCACCGACGAUACGCCAACAGCUGGGUCCGUUGCCCACGCUACAACCGCUGCACUCGCCGCAUCAACAGUUCGGUGGUCUUGGAUUCAGCGCCAAUCAGCCGACCUUGGCGGACUUCAAGCAGAUGGCCUUCGAGGCCUACAAUCAACGCAACAAUCACAACCAAAACGUGUAUUAUAGUCUGCAGAGGGCGAGCAAAGGCGUCUCAACGAUGCCUCAGAGGCCUGUAACGUCGUCGGUCUCUGUGCAUGGCAAAAUACACCAGCCAGAGGUAGUCACUCGUUCUAAUCGAAUUCAAGAGAGUUGUAUAUAAAGCCGUUUGUGCAUGCCCGACCCCGGCACGAUCUUCUAUUCUACUUGUAUACAUUAUGAUUACCUAGAAAGACUUUUUCAGUAAGAAGUGCAGGGCAGCGAAGGAUUUUUUACACGAUCUACCCAACAAUCCUUAAUUACAAUCGAGAACUUCAUGUGUAUGUGUUUGUGUCAAAAAAUCAGUCUAUACUACAAGCCCAAGAGAUAUGAAUAUGUAGCGAAAGUGAAAUCUAUGUGACAUGAUAAUACUUUGUUUUGUUCCUAUAAGUGUAUUGUGAACCAAGAGUCUUUACUCUGAGUAUGUCUCAAAGAACAUUUUUCGGUCAGGACGAUAUAAUGUACUGAUAGAAUUUAUGAAAACUUUUAAACGAAUUAAGUAGUUAUAAAUUGUAAUUCAGAAUUACUGAUAUAAACAAAGAAACAUGUAAUAUUUUUUUCUAUAAGUAGGAUUAUUGCAGUGUAAUAGAAAUUUUUGUGUUAUAAGAUUAAUCUUAAAAUAAUAUAUUUUAUUUAAGGAUUUGCAAGUGUGAGCAUGUAUUUGCAAUGUAAAUUUGUUAUUUAUUUAUUUGUUGUAGAUAUAAACUAAAAAAAGAGGUUGUUUAGAGGAGAGCGUUGAAUAAUCAAGCACGUAACACACAUAUCUUCCAUGACAUUGUUUAAAAAAAUGAAUAUUGUUUUUAUUAAAAAUUUUAUCGAUUUUUUAGUAUUUUUAAAAAAAGCGUUGAUUACUUUUGAU